CCAGCGCCGGUCACAAUCACACAAGAAGGGGUCUACGUUGGAAGCAGCAAGUGUGAGAUCAAUUUCGUGAAUCCUUUUAUCAUGCGAACAAGUGACGCUCGUCGGUCCUUACAGCAAAUCCACUGUCGCAGCAUGUUACGAAUGGUGUUCUCCGAAGUCCUGUUAAUCCUCUGUUUGUUCCAGAAAUGUGCAACAGAAACUGAAACACCGGUGGUCAUCACCGACAGUGGUAAUGUAGCUGGAACACGUAUUGAGAUAGGCGACCAAAAAGUGGACGCGUUUCUCGGAAUACCUUACGCAGAACCACCAGUAGGAGAACUAAGAUUUCAGAAAGCACGGCCCGUGAAGCCAUGGAACGGAACCUACCAAGCGACUCAGAAGCCAACGCCUUGCAGGCAACUACUCUUGCCAGUUUUCGCCGGUAUAACACUGAACUACUCAAGCGCAUCCGAAGACUGCCUGUACCUGAACGUGUGGAGACCGGCGUCAGCUUGCGAAUCGCCGGAAUCAUGCGAAGGAGAUCUGCCAGUGGUGGUGUUUGUUGACGGUAACGUGUUUCAGUGGGCCGACUCGUCGCUCUUUUUAAACGACCCUGCAAAUUUUGUCGCUCUGACAGACGUCGUGUUCGUGACCUUCAACUACAGAGUGAGUAUAUUUGGCUUCCUUUCCCUAGAAGACUCAGAGAUACCUGGAAACAUGGGUCUUUGGGACCAGAACCUGGUUCUCAAGUGGGUACAGGCCAACGUCAGGCACUUUGGAGGUGAUCCAAAUAAAGUAACGCUAAGUGGGCAGAGUGCAGGGGCAGCAUCCAUUGGACUGCAUGCUAUUUCACCCCACAGCAAAGGUUUGUUCAAGAGGGUCGUCAUUCAAAGCGGAAGCCCCUUAUCCCUCGUGAUAGGCCUAUUUUUCAGGGGUGUUGGAAAGUUUACCACUAUCACCGGAGCUCUUGGUUGUUACGACUUGAGCAAAACGCUGGAUGAACAAAAGAAGGAGAUUCUGAGUUGCCUUCAGCAAAUGGAAGCCUCGCGCAUCGUUGACACCGUCCAAAGAGUGGAUUUCAUCAAGCAAAUGUUCUCGCCCAUCGACGGAGAUGACUUCCUACCGGUGAGGGUCUUGUCCGUGGACGCCUACAACAACCUGGGCGCGACCGAAAUCCUGUUGGGCACUGUCAAAAAUGAAGGGCCCGUGUUUCUCAGUCACCUCAAGCUCGCUUUCCCACGAUUCAAAGACUUGAUCUUGUCCGAGUAUAGACUGGUAGCCAUCUUGGUCAUGGCGCAAAUGCUGGACAUUCCUGUGUGGCAAAGCCGGAGGAUCGCAACGGCAUACUUUGGGGGCCCUGACGAGAAACGCAAAACUCCCGAAGAAGUAGAGGCCAUUUUCGCAGAAAUGUUCGGCGAUGUCACAUUCUACUGCCCGUCGCAAAUCAUGGCUGACAUCUUAGCCCAGCAGCCGGGCGUCAGCGUUUACCGAUACGUUUUCGUUCACCGUCCUUCGUACAGCCUUUGGCCCGAAUCAUUCGGAGUCGCACACAGUGACGAUCUUCCCUUCACCACGGGGUCACUCGUGUUCGUGAAUGACACAACCCGCCACACGGUGCCAUUGGGACCGAAGGGUAAGGAGGCCCUCUCAUCUGCGCGCUACACGGCUGACGAAAAAAGCUUCAUGGAGGAAAUAGUCACUGCUUGGGGAACCUUCUACACAGACGGGAAACCGAAGGUGCCGUUAACAGGUGGCAAGUGGCCACGGUACACGUUUGAUGAGCCGUGGGUGAUCUACCUUCAGCCGAACAACUACACGACCAUUGUCGAGCCGAAGAGGAACAUAUGUGAAGUGUGGAAACCAGUGCUUCUCAGGGAGUCUAAGCCCGAAGAACGCUCUUUCAGUCAAGAAGAGCCAAGCAAAAAGGAAGAAACAAAAACUAACGAAGUCGACAACACGGGCCAAACUGCAACAAGCCCAUCCACGUUUCUUUGCUCGGCUCUUAUUUUAUUCAUUUCGUUUGCCGGCCUGACGCUCUGUUGAUCUUUCUGCUCUUCGUUUGUCUGCCUGCUUGAUUGUUUGAUUUCACACACAAGCAACAAUGACGUGCAAUAUGUUUAGUGCUAGUGCAUUCAGCAAGGAACUCCGAUGGAUGAAUUGUGAUCUAAUAAAAU